CUGUGCCUUAAAGGGGUCAUCAGUGGACAUGCGCUGUCCUGUUCCCAGUGUGACCCAAGUCACAGAGAUGGUCUGGUAUAACAAACGGUUGAAUGGUAAGCCUUAUGAUCUGAGAUGGGACCCUAAUUAUGAAGGUCGUGUGGAGUACCGUGGAACUACAGAGAAGGACUGCAUCCUGAGAAUCACAGACCUGAGAGAGAGUGACGUAGCAACAUAUUACUUCAGAUAUAAAACAAACCAGUAUUCAGAAUGGAAAUAUUCAUAUGGAUUCCCUCUCAGUCUCACAGAUCUAAAGGUGGAGAGGAUAUAUGACAACAAACUGACCUGUAACACCACCUGUACUCUGACUGGUAACCCCACCUACAUCUGGUACAAGAACAGACAACAUCUAGAUGAGAGAACCUCCCCCCAGUACAAAGACCCAGUCUCCAGUAACUAUGUAGACAGCUACUCCUGUGCUGUAAAGGGCCAUGAGGAUCUCCGCUCUCCUGCAGUGUAUAUCUUGUUGGAGAUGGAUCCUACGUCUGUGUCAGAGGGGGAGAGAGUCACACUGAGAUGUAGAACCAAAUGUACAGUCGCUCUCAACCCCACCUACAUCUGGUACAAGAAUGGACAACAUCUAACCAACACAAUCACCAGUUAUAACAGUCUGAUCCUAAACCCAGUCACCAGUUAUAACAGCCUGAUCCUAGACCCAGUCAGCAGUGAGGAUGCAGGGAACUACUCCUGUGCUGUAAAAGGCUUUGAGAGAAUCCUCUCUCCAGAAGAGACUCUCACUGUCAGAUGUGAGUGA